AUGCUCGGCCGCACGAGGCGAGCGUGUGCCGCUGCCACGUCACGGGAUUCGCUGCUCUCUGCCACGUGGCAGCUCGCGGUUGCGUCGGACACAUCACUGUUAGCCACUAGGCCCGCGCAUGGCGUGGCAGCCCCUAGCGCAGCGGGGAAUGCAGCAGCAGCUGGCGAAGCAGCAGGCGGAGGAACAGGCGGAGCAGCAAGCAAAGCAGCAGCAGCAACGUUGUUACAGCCAGCGGAGGCCGUUGCUGUGCAUCUACACCUGCAAGCAUCCGCGCCUGUCGGUCUGCGGUCCCUGAGAGCCCUCGAGUGCAUUCCCCCCCAGUCAUCCCUACUCCCCCAUGCCGUCCCCCCGUCACCCGCCCACGCGCUGCUCUGUAAACCAUGGGGGUCACAGCCUCAGCAGCCCCUGUUGGGAUGGCCUCGUGUGCAGGUUGUGGGUGGAGGGCGCAUGAGUCUCAGUCCGGUAACCGCCGCUGCCUUUCACUCGUGCACACAGCCACAGCAGCUGAGCGCCGCGCUACUUCUCCGCCUGCCACAUGGCAUGCGGCCGUUGGUGCUGCGACCAGUGGAAGCAGCAACUGGAAUGCAGCAGGGGAGCAGCAACAAGGACAGCGGCAGCAGGAGGGAGGUGGUACGGCAGGAGGAGGAGGACGUGUUCAGCAGCAUCACUGAUAAGAUUCCCGAGCGCCCUGUCUCCGCCGCUGAGGGCGCAUCCUACUCGAUCGUCAUCCUGGCAGCACUGGCUGUGGCGGCCGGGGCGGCGUAUUUUGUCAUCAAGGAGCUUCUGCUGGAACCCAAGGAAUACAAGGUGUUCAAUAAGGCCCUUCAGCGCGUGCAGAACGACCCUCAGCUGUUCUUUUCCCAAGCCCUCUCCUGCUGGGUGCCUGCUAAUUUCACACUGUUCCUCGUGCUCCUCGUUACAUGCCAUGGAUUUGAAUCAACCUUGCAUUGCCAUGGCCGUCAGGUGAUAUCGCGGCUGGGGUCGCCCAUCACGGGGUACGGCCAGGAGAGCAGGAACCGGGCGGCACGGCAGCGAAUCAGCCACCGCGUGUGGACGGAUGAAGAAGGGGUGGAGCGGAUCCAGGUUCAAUUCCACAUCCGAGAGGCUCCGCAGAAGCUCCAGUUUGGCGGGCCAAUUAGCAGCAACGGGGAACAGACCAGCGGAGAGCACAGGGGCCAGAGGCAUGGGGUGAAGCGAUCAGAACGGUUUGAUGCGCGGAUGGAUGCCCGUCAGGCGUCGAUGACGACAUCAGGCGAGGCACGGCAGUCUCUGGGGCAGACAGAACAGGCAGUUGGGUUUGGGCUCAGACAGAACCCGCAGAGGCGAACAACGGAGCGCGUCGCUUGCGCUGUCGCCGUCGACUACAUUUGA